AUGGCAUUGUCGGGCGACACUGUCCCGUCUCUUAAAAUCCUACUGAUCGGACCGUCGGGAGCUGGGAAGUCUGCUCUCCUUACGAGAUACUGCGAUGAUGAGUUUGAGCCGGAGACGGCGUCUGCUACGAUUGGGAUUGACUUCAAGACCAAGAACUUGUCUGUGAGAGGCAAGCCGUACCGGCUGACGCUCUUUGAUACGGCCGGACAAGAAAGAUUCCGCACCCUCUCGACAAGCUUCUACCGAGGCGCACAUGGUGUCAUAGUCGUGUAUGACAUUUCUAGCAGAGCUAGUUUUCUGACGUUGGAUAAGUGGUUUGAGGAGGCUGAGGCGAAUACCGCCGACGGGGUGGCGCUGUACCUGGUAGGAUCUAAGCUGGACAAAGCCGAGCACGGCCGGCAAGUCUCGACCGAGGAGGGCCGGGCGCUGGCCGAGGCCCAUGGGGCGGGCUUUUGCGAGGCCAGCGCAAAGACUCGUGAGAACGUCAGGCGGCCGUUUGUUGAGCUUGUCGACCGCAUCGUGCAGACUCCAUCGCUCCUGGCGGCAGCAAGAUCUGGACGGGCGCCUGGGACAGUUGCUAUGGAUGAGGGAGGGGAUGGCUAUUUCUCUGGUUGUUCAUGCUGA